CGCCCCUCGCUCCCAUAGCUACCGUGGGCGGCGGCGGCCAUCUUGGCGGCGGCGGCGGCGGGGCGAUGAGCGGCUCGAAGGCGCGGGCGGCGGCGGCGGGGCCGGAGAAGAAGGCGCCGCCGGGGCCCGGGGGGGUGCUCAGCCGGCUGCGGGGGCGGCGCGGCUCGGCGGACGCGGCGCCCCCGCGGGCCGGAGCGCCUUGGACCGAGUCCGAGCUGCUGGCGCUGGAGACCGUCCGGCCCGAGCACGUCCUGGGGCUGUGCCGGGUCACGGAGAAUUAUUUAUGCAAACCAGAAGACAACAUUUACAACAUUGACUUCACCAGGUUCAAGAUCCGGGACCUUGAAACUGGAACGGUGCUUUUUGAAAUUGCAAAGCCGUCUGCUUCAGAGCAAGAUGACGAGGAUGAAGAUGACAGCAGUGAGCUAGAUGCCAGUGCAGGCCGCUUUGUUCGUUACCAGUUCACCCCAGCGUUUCUCCGUCUUCGGACUGUUGGUGCAACAGUGGAAUUUACAGUGGGAGAAAAGCCAGUGUCAAACUUCCGAAUGAUCGAGAGACAUUACUUCCGAGAUCGCUUACUGAAGAACUUUGACUUCGAUUUUGGGUUCUGUAUCCCCAGUAGCAGGAACACAUGUGAACACAUCUAUGAAUUCCCUCAGCUCUCAGAAGACCUUAUCCGCCUGAUGGUUGAAAAUCCCUACGAGACCCGCUCGGACAGCUUUUACUUUGUGGACAACAAGUUGAUCAUGCACAACAAGGCCGACUAUGCUUACAAUGGAGGACAGUAACUGUUACAUGUCCACUGGAUGCUGUGCUACUGCUAACCAUUCCGGAUAUCCAGGAGGGGACCGGAGUCGCUGUCUCAUGCAGCAAGGCUUCUUGCCAAACCUUUUCUCCUUGCAUGAGACUGAAAACAUGAAGAAAAGAAGGCAGCUCAUGAAAGUUAAGGAAAUCUCCCUACAACACUUCUCUAUCCAACAUUCCUAUGUAGCUUGCCUCUGUCUUUCUCCAUUCCUGGUUACCUUCUGGUACCUUGGUCAGGUUAUGGAUCGGAGGCUCUGUUAGGAAACUUUUGCUGUUAUGUUUUUUUUUUUUUUAUAGUUAGAUUGCACUUUUAGUGCUUCUGAUAUUUCACCAGUUGGGUGACUGACUACCCUCUUACAAGAGGUCAGAUUGUUUCAGUAAGCUAUUUCUUAGCAGGAAAAUUUGCCCCCUUCAAUUAGCCAGCGAGGCCUGAAGAGCAGAUCUCUUCUCCAGUUGGAUAGAUCAUCUCUUCACUGCAUAGUGGUUUAGUCUGUAGCAUGGCUGGGUUUGCUUUGUAGGGUGCAUCUUUAUAUUCCCUGGUGGAAAGUUAAAAUAAGAGACUAAUUCAGCUUCUAAGCAGCGCAGGAAUCUUCCUUCUGCUUCCAAGGGCCUGAACUGCUCCUGGAAACUACUUAAUCUGUAUUUUGCCAGAGAUUUCACUAGAAAUGCAAGAUAAGAAAAAGGGGAGUUUAUCCAGGUUGGUCAUUGAGUCAAUCUGAUAGCAUUUCUAUUUGCGCUCAUGUGAGCAAAUUGUUGAAUUAUGGAGCUUGAGGUCAACUUUAGAGCUGAAGUUAAUCUCACUUCACUCACUGUUUCUCCUUCUUCCUGUUGCGUAGGAUUUUUGGCUCUUGUUACAGAAUGUAUUGUCUUUGGGCUGACAGCACAUUGUCAGUCUAGCUGGGGUGGAGGGGUGGGGUGUCAAUCUAGUGCACUUGGAGGAAAAAGGGAGAAUGUGGAAACUCACCUGAAGAACGUGUGGGAAGCUGAGCUUCCUAGGUUUCAAUCUCUGUAUAUCUUUAAACCUUUUAGACCUGAAUGAUCUGUCAGAGGUGCUGGAAGGAGAGAUGGUGGUGUUACCAGCUCAUUUGCUUUGUUUUAUGUCAGCUAUAAUGUAUUAGCUAAAAGCUGCCCAGGUCAAAUUGCUCAGCUGGUGUUAUGGAGUGGGAUUCUUAUGACCAAAAAAUGAGAAUUGUUUAAGUUCCCGUCACUGCUUUGCCUGCUUACCUGUGUAUUUAUGGUUUAGGACGUUCUUCUUCUGAGUUAGUUACCCGCUAGACCAAAGGGUGUAUUUCACAACUGCGUUUGGUAUCUGGCAGUAGAGAGGAAAUAGUGUCAUGCGCUGGGAAGGGGAGAUCUGUGUCUUCCCAGCAGCCAUGCUGGGGCCCAGCUUCUGCCCAUGCAGAUCUGAGUGGGGAAAGCCCUCCUCUGCGUAUUCUGCUGACUCUGGAGACUGUCAUUUUCCUGUCCCCUCCCUGGGCGGGUCAGUCAUGGCUGUCGUUGCCGAGAGCUUGUGUCUAGACUAGAGACAUUUGCUAGUAUUAAUUCCACUUAUUCCCUGAGACAGUUGAAACCUAACUCCUUGGCGGAUACAGUUGGUUACCUGUUGUAUUAAGUAAGGUUCAAAGUAGAUUAUGUUUUAGCAGGACUGAAUGGGACGGACGUCACAGCCUGGAGCCUGUUAGUGCAUGCACAGCAGUAGGAAGCCUCUGCCUUCCCCUGGCAGACGAGUAAUGUUAGCUUUGGCAUAAAGGAUCAGUUGGCAGCAGAGUAAGCAGUGAGAGUUUGUGGGGUGGCAGCCAUGAAAGAAUCUCCAGCUCUUGGGAAGGAUGUUUAAUUAUGAUUAACCACAACAAAUGACCUGUUUUGGGAGGAGCAUUAAUCAUGAGCAACCACAGCAAACGUCUUGGGAAUGCGGAGGGGCAAGGUCUGCGUGGCUGAAAGAUGAAGAACAAUUCUGCUGCCGUGGAUCCCCUCCAGCAUCCCCGAAGGCACUUAAGCAAUCUUGUGUGGUGAUUUCAGAAUUAGUAAAGCUGCUGUAAGGUGGAGCUCAAGAGGCCUCCUGCUGUGAUUGUCUUCAGAAGGCCUUUUGCCAUGCCAUUGCGAUGGGGAAACUUCUUUUUUGCUGUAAGAGCGGGUAGUUACUCAUGGCAAAGCAGAACUGCCCAGAAGGGUGUUUUCCAUCCUGAACUGCUUCGAGAUACUCAGGAUAAAAGUGUCUGAAGAGGCUGAUAGUUAUUCCCUGGCAGAUUUUAGGAUGUUGAGCUGAAAUUGUGUGUAGUAUAAACCCAGGUGCCUUGAAAUGUUACUUUUGUCUCAUUUUCUGUAUGAAGCAACCUCCUCUGGUUGGUCAUUUUUCUUAUGAAUGUGAUGAUUCCCAUCUGUUUCUUAUGUCACCGAGUACAGAUGCUUAAAAGGAAGAUGCGCUGUUGCCAGAGUGAGCAGCAGAAAUUACUCUGCUGGUGAAUACCAACUCGCGUAAGCUGUUUGUGCUAGUCGGUGUGCAGCUCUGCCCAGUCGGAGCGCUUGGUAGGUGUGCGGGUGCCAUCUAGCCGCUGCUUUGCAGAAUGCGACUGACCCGCAUGAGAAUGCUCUUCCAACUAUAAAUGAGGUAUUUGAUGCUAUAGGCAAGUGGAUUCCUGUCUUACAUAGCCAGUACCUCUGUCAGUAGUGAUGAGAAGAAAUGAUUGAAUCAGUUGCUUUCCCAUCAGUGAAUGUCUUAAUUGUUCAGCAAUAAGAAAGGGGAAAUUGGAGGAAAAACAUAACAAGACUUGCAGGCAGGCAGCAUUAGCAUGCCUACGAUAGCUUCUAACUGAAGUUGUUUGCCAAAUUAGAGAGUCUUUGCCCAGAAAAGCAUGCUGCAGAAAAAAAUCCCUACAAGAGGGCGACCUGGCACUGGAAAAGAGUUGAUUGUAACCCAAAAAGUCAGGGACUUCUGGACUCUUGUCUGCACUUUGUCCACUUCCUUAGGGUCCCUCUUCUCUUAGAUGCCUUCUGUGAGGUCUCUUCCCUUUGUGGCCGAGAUGAGGCCUUUGGUAAACGUGGUUUAACAGAGCAUUUUCUUCCUUCUGGUUUCUGUGUUCUGAUGUUUUGGAUGGAAGCUACUCAAGCCAGUGGGCUAGGAAGAAGUUCCGAGGGGAUCUCCUCCUUGGCAAGUGGAUGGUCUGUUCCUAGCCGUGCGCUGAAAGGAGGCACUUUGUGUCGGUCAAAGUUUGAGCAAGAGAAGGGGUAUCUAUAGACAGCCUCUCUCAGAUCACGUGUGCUGAGCUGGAAGGAGGAAAGAGAUAGGAUUAUGCUGCAUUCUGCUAUAACAAAACAAAAAAAGGGGACCAAAACCACAGACUCAUGCUAAAUCUUUCCAGUAUUGGUUCUUUCAGGACCAGGACCUCUUUUGCUGCGCUGUUGAGGUGAGUGCCUUGGCUCUUUGUGGGCAAGCUUCCCGGACAGUUGUUUCAUGAGAGACUGCUGGAUCCAUACUGCACCUCGCGAAGGAAGGUCAUCUCUCCCUAUUCGGACAGGGUACUGCUGUCCUUGCCCUCCGUUUUUGGUAGGAAGCGUCUUCCUUUGUGUGCUUUCUGUAGGACUUUCAAUGCAUCUGCAGAGAAGCAGCGACAGCCUCCCCUCUGGAGCUUGAGGGUGUUUCUUCUGCUUAUCCGAGGGUUCAGGAAGAAUAAAACAAACGUUUAAAAGGCAGAAAUGGAUGAGGAAGGUGGUGACGGCGAAGUAGUGAGGCCACGUGCGGUAACUCCACUUCUCAGCUCUGUAUGUCAUCGCAUCGGCUUCGGCUCUUUCCCCGUGCCUGCCUUCCGCUCUGCCGUCCCGCACCACGGAGCGACUGCCCGAGGGCGCGCGGACCGGCGCCCGCUGUCGUCCUUGGACUCGGCAACGCUGCCGGCCCCCCGCGGCUUUACGCCGAGGACGAGGCCGACGGGCGGUGAGCUGCUGCAGUCGGGCGCCCCUUCCUCCUCCUCUGCGCCGAGGAUAACGAGCACCAGCAACCACCACGAGCACCUGCACGGACCCGCGCUGGGCCCAGGCACGUCCUCUGCCUGUACCUGUACCUGUACCUCUGCCUGUACCUGUACCUGUACCUGUACCUCUGCCUGUACCUGUACCUGUACCUCACCGUGGGGCCUUGCCGCCGCCCCUCCCCGCUCCCGCACGGCGCUGCCGUGGGGCUGGAGCCCGGGUGCCGGAGAGCGGGGCGGGGGGUGUCCCGGGCCGGGGCCGUGCGUGCCCGGUCCCGGCCCUCCGUCACGAGCAAUAGCACCGAAUAAACCUCCCCCGUUCCGCA